AGAAAAUACUAGCAGGGACCUGUUCCAAUACUUUUGAAAUGCAUCCAUCCUUUCACUUUCUUCUUCCCUUCUUUGAGAUUAUUGAUAAUCUGUUUGAAUGGCAAUUACUAUAGACAUAUAGGUGAGGUUUGGGUCGUUAUUGGUGACACUGCAAUGAACAUUCCAACUUUGUAGCAAAAAUCAAUUGCAGUAGCAGUAUUUGAAAACAAUGGACAAUUGUCUGUCCAUUGCGUAGUUUGCCAUUUUUUUUCUAGGAAUGCUGUCAAAAUUAAUGUUUGGUAUGCAAGAUUGCAGUUUUUACCUACCGGAAUCAAACUGCACCAAUCAAUUAAGACAUGCUUCACAACAUGAUGUAUAUACUUGCCUCUCAGUAAUGGGCAAGUCAACAUAAGACUGUACAGGUGUACUGCAUCAAUGACAAUGGUGGGCUGGGCAGAUGACAAACUCAGACGGAUGAGUCAUGUCAUAAAGUAGGGUAUUUUUCUUCCUUAUGUUUUACUUUUGCAAGGUAUGCUGACUCAGAGGAGUGGCUUGUUGAUGUCUCUUUAACUGCAAUAAAUGGCUGGCUCCUUACUUAUGCUGCAUUCAUAACCAAGUGGGGAAGUAGUAUUUACCACAUAUACGACUGGUAAAAGUCCAGUUGAAUGGCCCUCCAACUGGUAAUUACUAUUGGGAAGCUCGUCUGUCAUCCUUGAGCUCCAACUUCUCCCACAUGCUGAACUCUGACAUCACCUACUAAGGACAUUUCCUUGAUACCAGCAUUUUCAGAAGUAGAUUUUUUUUAUUUAACCUUUAUUUUAUUAGUGAGUCAUACUGAGACCAAGGUUAAUUUUACAGAUUAGCCCUGAAUUACAUAAAUUACAGAAAAUACACACAUCAAAAUACAAAAUGCAAGCAGAAAGAAAAACACAGUCAUAAAAAACAAACACAUUAAUCUGUAAUAAGGUCCUCAAUCAGCUUUCUGAAUUGGCCUAGAGACCAAUUGUUCCACAAUUAAGGUGCAAGAAAACUCAGUAGAGACUAAAGGAAUUUCCAGAGUUAGCCAUCCCUGAAACCGGGUGUGGUAGCUUGUAUGUCUAAAGUUUAGGAAUGAUGUUAAGUACAGUGGGUCUUUUUGUAAAAGAGCUUUAUAAAUUAAGACAUAGCAAUAUAUCAACCUAUGUGACAUUAAAGAGGGCCAACCAACAUUCUAGUAGAGAAGGCAGUGAUAAGUACUAAAAUUGUCGCCUGUAAUAAAUAGCAGUGCGCUAUUAUAAACUGCAACUAACAGCUUUAAUGAAGUGGCAGCUGCAUUUAUAUAGAUGAUGUCGCCAUAGUCUAGGACCGAUAGAGAUGUCUACUGAAUAAUAUGCUUUCUACUAAACCCAUUUUUAUUCUCAGUUUAUUCUCAUGCAUUCAAUUCAUAUUUACAACUUCACAACUCGUAAUUACCAUCUUCCCAUUUGGUUUUAAACAUACCAUUAUUACUGCUUAUUACUGCCCACCUUCAGACUCAUAAAGACAUCACAAGUCAUCAAGGCAAGUGUCCACUCCCUUCAGAGUAAAAGCUACACCCCAGUCUUUCAGGAAAUUGUUGUAAGCUAGAAGUAAAAUGACUUAUUGGGCAUUGACAUGAUGACUAAAAUGAGUUGGAUUGUAACAAUUUUGGAGAGAAACUAAGCACAGAUAAAGCUUAAGAUCAAGAGAAAUGGAAACCAAAGAUUCAUCAACAUGUGACCUGAAAGUUGUCCUUCUUGGCGGCAGAAACUCUGGGAAGAGCGAAGUAGGCAAUGUGCUGCUGGACAGGGAGGAGUUUGUCAUCAAGGAGCGGACUACGUGCUCUAGGAGGGUGGGAGAGGUGGCAGGUGGGUGGGUUACUGUGGUGGACACACCUGGCUGGUGGUGUGACUUCAGGGUGCAGGACACGCCUCAGCUGGUGAAAAGGGAGAUAGUGCGCAGUGUCUCUCUGUCCACCCCGGGACCCCAUAUUUUCCUUAUCGUCAUUGAGGCACACUCAGUGUUCUGUGAGAAGCGUCGCAGGGCUGUAGAGGAGCACCUGGCCCUCCUCAGUGAGAGAGUGUGGAGUCACUGUAUGGUCGUCUUCACCUGCAGUGACUGGCCUGGACACCUGCACAUGGAGCAGCAAGUCAAGAGAGGAGGCACGGCCCCACUGUGGCUGGUGGAGAAAUGCAGUCAUAGGUAUCACUGCCUCAACAUGAAGAGUGGACCAGGUGGAAAUCAGGUCACAGAGCUGUUCAGGAAGAUGCAGAGACUGGUGACAGAAAAUAGUCACAGCUGUUUUAAAAUGGAGGGACUGCUACCCGUAUGCUCUCAUUGGCUGGCCCUUGCUACAUAUUCGUCGCCAGACCCACUGGCUCCAGGUCAUCUAUAAGUCUAUGCUAGGUAAAG